AACCAUACAUAUGUGUAUUUUCCUAAUUCAAGAUUUGAUGACUCUUUAUUGCAACAGCGGAUAUAUGGCACCCGAAUAUGCAAUGCAUGGACGAUUCUCCACGAAAUCAGAUGUUUUUGGUUUUGGGAUGGUGCUGCUAGAAAUAGUUUGCGGACAAAAGAAUAAUCAUUUCCGCUACAAGAAUCAACUCGAAGACUUCCUCUUAACGGCAUCGCGUUUAUGGAGAGCAAAUAAAGGAGAGGAACUAAUUGAUGGUCGCCUAGCCCUAAAUAUUCCGAUUGGCAAAGUUAUUAGAUGGAUCCAUAUCGCCUUAUUAUGUGUCGAAGGAAUGCCUGGAAACCGCCCAUCCGUGUCCACAGUUGUUUCAAUGCUUAGCGAUCAAGGGUCCGGGAGUCUUCCUGAACCAAUAAACCCACCAAUGGUGCCCCGUAGAGAUGAACGUCAUACUGAACCAACUAUGACAAUGGAUAACGUGGGUGAAAUAUUUACCGGCCUGUAUCAACCAAGAUACACUCAAACUUGUGCAAAAUUCAAGAAGAAGAUAUAUGAAUGGAAUCGUGAAUAGUGUAAACGAACAAACUGAUUAUCCCUGGUUGUUAUAUUGAAUUGAUUUUGCAUCAUAUAUAACUAG